AUGUUAGCGUAUCGGCAUAACUUUGUCAUAUCUAUCUAUCUAUCUAUCUAUCUAUCUAUCUAUCUAUCUAUCUAUUUCCGUCUGUUAAUAUUUGUCUUUACAUAUCUAUCAAUCUUUGAGCGUCUAUUCAUAUCUUCGCGGUUUUCCGCGCAACGCGAAAGGAACGACGCGACUGGAAUUCGAGUUGGUUCGCAUUCUGUUGCAGUUUUUCAUAUGUGUCUACAUUUUUAUGAUAACCUCAUAUUUCUUUCAAUCUCACUCUCUCUCUCUCUCCCUCUCUCUGUCUCACUUUCUCUUUUCUCUCUCUUACCGUCAAUAAUUUUUGUCAUUCAAUUGCCUAUCUAUCUAUCUAUCUAUCUAUCUAUCUAUCUAUCUAUCUAUCUGUCUGUCUGUCUCUCUAUCUCUCUCUCUCUCUCUCUCUCACGCAUUUUAUCUAUCUAUUUAUCUCUUAAUCUAUCUCUAUCUCACGCUCUCUCUCUCUCUCUCUCUCUCAUAAUUAAAGUUUUUGACUCUCUCUCUCUCUCUCUCUCUCUCUCUCUUUCUUUCUCUCCAUCUAUCUUUCUCACUACACUAAUUUGUUCAUAUCUAUCUAUCUAUCUAUCUAUCUAUCUAUCUAUCUAUCUAUCCCAAUCUCUUCAUUAUCUAUCUAUCUAUCUAUCUAUCUAUCUAUUCAUCUAUCUAUCUCAAUCUGUUCAUUAUCUCUCUCUCUCUAUCUAUCUAUCUAUCUAUCUAUCUAUCUAUCACAAUCUAUUCAUUAUCUAUAUAUCUAUCUAA